AUGCCUCCACGAACUGGGUAUUCCUCCCUCGCAGGCUUCGAGAUCGAUGAAAAUGGCCGUGGCUCGUGGAAUGGAUAUCAAGAACAAGAGCAAGACAGAGGCAAGACCAUAAGAGCUUCUACGGUAUGUGUCCAAUCCGAGGUCUCUCAAAUGAGUGAGAUCGGAGAACCCUAUGAAAUCACAGGGAUGACAGAACGAGCGGCGCGAACAGUGGAAAGCACACAGGUCUUCCGAAUGGUGGUGGUGUAA